CACGUUACUUGCAUCCAGCUGCUAACUGAAUCUGAAUGAAUGGAAGGCGAUCUAAGAUAAAAUAAGAUAAAUGCCUGCUGUUUUAUAUUUUACCUUUCCGAGAAUCAACGUUUAUUGCGACUAGAAAGGGGAUGGAGGAAAAGCAGGGAGAAAGGAGGCCUCUUUUUGUCAGCUAACACGUUAAAAUGCCAGCUAACGUUAGCUUCAGGCUAUUAUAAACCAUAGACUGUAAACAGACGAAGCAUCAUUAGCUUUGAAUGGGUAGAGAUAAUUGAGGAAAAUGUAUUUUCUUUACACAAUUGUCGCGUCUUUAGUUUCUUUUUUCAUUUUGAAAUGGCUGAAAAAGAGGAGGUACUGCACCGACCUGAAGAGACUGGAUGGAAAAACGGUUCUUAUUACAGGUGGUAAUUCUGGCAUUGGCAAAGAGACAGCUGUUGCCUUGGCCAUUAGAGGUGCUCGUGUCAUCAUUGCUUGCAGAGAUGUGGAAAAAGCAAAGAAGGCUGUAAGAGAGAUCAAAUUCAAGAGUCACAGCCUUAAUGUACUCCACAUGGAGCUGGAUCUGGCCAACCUGCGCUCUGUGAGGGAUUUCUGUAAGAGCUUCCUUCAGGGAGAGAAGAGGCUGGAUAUCCUGAUCAAUAAUGCAGGCAUGCCCAGUGUCCUUGACUGGACAGACGACGGCUUCAGCAUGUGUUUUGGUGUCAACCACUUGGGCCACUUCCUCCUAACCAAUCUGCUUCUGCCUCGCCUGAAGGAAUGUGCUCCCAGCCGGGUGGUUACCCUCACAUGCUCCACCUACAAAUACCAAAAACUUGACUUCCAGGACCUCAACUACAACCUGCUGCCCUUCUUCACCUUCUGCCGCAGCAAGCUGGCCAACAUCUACUUCAGUCAGGAGCUGGCUCGCAUCACUGAAGGAAAAGGCGUGACUUCAUAUGCGGUGCACCCUGGUUUUGUCCAAAGCGGUUGGACGUGCCACUUCUCCAUCCUGUUCCGAAUGCUGAUGCAGGUAAUCAUGUGGAUGUUUUUUGUGCCAUGUGAAAUUGGAGCUCAGACUGUUAUUUACUGCGCGGUGUCUGACGAAGCUGCCAAACACAGCGGGGGCUACUUCAUGGACUGCCGGCCUGCUACUCUGCGUCCUUUUGCAAGAGAUGCAGGCGUGGCGAAGAAAUUGUGGGAGGCCAGUGAAAGACUGGUGAAACUGGCUUAAUAAUGAAUGUUUUUAUUUCAUCCUUUAUGUUACAUAUUUAUGCCCUUUAACAAGGUUUUGUUUAUGUGAACAAGUGUCUUGUUCAUUCUUGUGCCUGUGUAUUGUUGGAUUUUUUACAAACAAAACUUAAUUGUCAGCACAGAUUUUGAUUACUUUCUUAUUUUUGUGAAAAAAUGUUGUUUUUUUUUCACUGCUGUGGGAGACUGUUGUCAUUCAGAUAUUCAGUUGUCAUGCCAUGACUUCAGAUAUUGACAUCGGCCGACAUGGUGAUAAUUUUUAAAAUAUGCUUCUGUUCAAGCAGAAUUUCUGGGAAAAAAAAGAAACCACAUCUGGCCCUUGAGUAAAAAGGAGUUUAAAUUCAGGAUUGUCUGUUUUUUAUUGAUUAAAGUUUUCGGCUCGAA